UCGGCCCGUGACGCUGCGUCUCUUUGUUGGCCCAGCAGCAGCGUCGCUCCUCUGUUGUUGUUUUCUCUGCUGCUGGAAAAACUGGAAUGCUAGCGAGCUAAAGAAGUAUUCUCGUUUGCUUCUGCUCUCCCCGCCAAAAGACGAACACCAAACUCGCCCCGCUUGGCGUGUCGUUAUACGGUAAGCGCGACCCAGUCAUGGACUCGGACGAGGGUUACAAUUACGAAUUCGACGACGAGGAAGAGGAAUGCAGCGAAGACAGCGGCGAAGAGGAGACCGCGGACGACACCCUGGAGCUCGGCGAGGUGGAGUUGGUUGAUCCCGUUGUAGCCGGCGGAGAGCGAGACGACUGCGGGGAGACCGGAGGCAGCGGCCUCGGGCCCGGGCAGGACGAGGAAGACUACCGCUUUGAAGUUCUCACCGCCGAGCAGAUCCUGCAGCAUAUGGUGGAGUGUAUCCGGGAGGUCAACGAGGUCAUCCAGAAUCCUGCUACCAUCACUAGAAUAUUACUUAGUCAUUUCAACUGGGACAAGGAAAAGCUGAUGGAAAGGUACUUUGAUGGUAACCUAGACAAGCUGUUUUCAGAGUGUCAUGUUAUAAACCCCAGCAAGAAAUCUCGGACACGCCUCAUGAACACAAGAUCGUCGGCACAGGACAUGCCAUGUCAGAUCUGCUAUCUCAACUAUCCUAACUCGUACUUCACUGGUCUGGAAUGUGGGCACAAGUUCUGCAUGCAGUGCUGGGGCGAUUACUUAACCACCAAAAUCAUAGAGGAAGGAAUGGGACAGACCAUUUCUUGUCCUGCUCAUAGCUGUGACAUUCUGGUGGAUGACAACACUGUAAUGAGACUGAUAACAGAUUCAAAAGUAAAGUUGAAGUACCAGCAUUUAAUAACCAAUAGUUUUGUAGAGUGUAACCGACUGUUAAAAUGGUGUCCAGCGCCUGACUGUCAUCAUGUUGUCAAAGUACAGUACCCAGAUGCCAAACCUGUAAGAUGCAAGUGUGGACGGCAGUUUUGCUUCAACUGUGGGGAGAAUUGGCACGAUCCAGUGAAGUGUAAGUGGUUAAGGAAAUGGAUUAAAAAAUGUGACGAUGACAGUGAGACAUCGAAUUGGAUUGCAGCCAAUACAAAGGAAUGUCCGAAAUGCCACGUCACCAUAGAGAAAGAUGGUGGCUGCAACCAUAUGGUGUGCCGAAACCAGAACUGCAAAGCAGAGUUUUGCUGGGUCUGUCUGGGACCCUGGGAGCCACAUGGUUCUGCGUGGUACAACUGUAAUCGCUAUAAUGAGGAUGAUGCCAAGGCAGCACGGGAUGCGCAAGAGCGUUCCAGAGCAGCCCUGCAGAGGUACCUGUUCUACUGCAACCGCUACAUGAACCACAUGCAGAGCCUGCGCUUCGAGCACAAGCUGUACGCUCAGGUCAAGCAGAAGAUGGAGGAGAUGCAGCAGCACAACAUGUCAUGGAUCGAGGUGCAGUUCCUGAAGAAGGCCGUAGAUGUGUUGUGCCAGUGCCGCUCCACGCUCAUGUUCACCUACGUUUUUGCAUUCUACCUCAAGAAGAACAACCAGUCCAUCAUUUUCGAGAAUAACCAGGCCGAUCUGGAAAAUGCCACAGAGGUUCUAUCUGGAUACCUGGAGCGAGACAUCUCCCAAGAUUCCCUGCAGGACAUCAAGCAGAAAGUACAAGAUAAAUACAGAUACUGUGAGAGCAGACGGAGAGUCCUGCUGCAGCACGUACACGAAGGCUAUGACAAAGACCUGUGGGAGUACAUCGAGGAUUGAGAGCGAUCUCCGCACCACAGACUCUCGGAGAGAAGCUCCAGCCACUAGAGCACUGAUGCAAUGACCAGAGCAGCCCUGACCAGCUGCCUCCUGCCUGGCCAAACCGCCCCGCGUUGCAUCAUUUCCCCAGAACAGCAGAAAUUAUAUUUAAAUUAGAAUAUUACAAAAUAAAAUAUUACAUGCUCAACAGUAUUGUCAGCAGCGCAAGACUGAGAAAUCCAACGAAAAGGCAAAAAUCUCUUCCUUUCGCUUGCGUCGUAAGAUCUUCCCCUCCUCGGAAAAAACGUUUCCCUCCUUCACAGUUACGUUUGUGGACGUGUUCCGUUUGAAUUUAUUUUAAAUACACUUUUUUUUGUUUGUUUGUUUUGUGUGCGUGUGUGUGUGUGGAAAAUGGACUCUGGGUUUUUUUUCUUCUCAAAAAUGGCUUUAAUAAUUUUGACCAUGUCUGGCAAGAUCUGUGUAGUUUGGGUUGCUGAAUGUUGAUUGUUAAGAAGGCUUCUUUUUGGCUUCGUGAAGAAAAAAAAAAAGAAAACACCAAAAAAAAAAAGACGACAAAAUCGGUAUUUUUCAAUUUGUAAAUAAUGCAUAUGCAUGGAAGUUUAAAGAGUAAGAGUGGCAUGUGUUUGCAUCAUUUUUAAAAGAUAUUUAUCUUUACAAAUAUAAAAAAAAAUGUAUAUUUGCUGUGUAGAUUGAGUGUCUUUCCCUAUCUUGGUUCGAGGUUUGGACUUGACGUUAAAAAGGGGGGAGUCUUUGUUUCUCUCUUUAUUCUGCCAAAUCUAGCAGAUCAUGCCAAGGUGGCGCUUUUCUGCCUACUAGAAGUCUUGUGGGAGCUUCUGGCUUUACGAUUGGAGGAAAAUAGGGGAUUGUACGGUGUUCGCUGCUUUUUCCAAGAGUUAAUACUUUGAAAACAGAACAGUGGUUUGCUGUUGUCUCCCUUCUCCUUCUCAACAGACUUCGUAAUAUGAUUUUAAGAGUUAUAUGAAUAAUUUCUGAGAGCCAAACUGAGUGACAUUCACUCGCAUAACCUUUUAUAUUUUUGCUUUUGUCUCUCUGAAGUUCAUUCUUCGCUCCCGAAUCGAAAUUCUCUCUUUCUGUCCGCCCAACAUGCACAUAGAUGAAAUCGUACCGUCGAGCUGCUUUUCUUGACAUCUGUUGUCUAGCGUUCUGACUGAGCCAUCGACAGACAGGGUUAUUAGGCGUUUUCCACACGAUCGAUUUGUUGUUUUUUGCACAUGGCAGAACUAAUAGUAGGAAGGCACUGUUAUCUCCGUUUAUUUUGUGUAAAAUAAUCCCACAUUUGCACCCGGGAUGCUUUCCAAAGGGCCGUUUGAGUCAUGAUUUAGUUUGCAGGGAAUAUGUGAUGUAACCUUCGUACUGUGAUGUUGCAUUUGUGUACACUUUGUUCAUGGAAAAAAAUGUACAAAUUGUAUGUGGCCGUCAUUGAAGCACUGAAACCCUCUGUUCAGGUGGGAUUCUGGGAUAGACACAGGUGGGACGGUGUCAUUGCAGAGCAAGUUGGCAUAUUUAGACAACACCAAAGUGUCAAGUAAUUUUACUUUGUUUUUAUUUGUACCCGCCCUCUCACUUUCUGCUGAGGUGUGACUCAGAAAUUGGUUUCCAUUUAUCCGUUUUUGCUUUUUCUAAUAAUAAAUGCCCUAAAAAGCAUUCUUAAAUCAAAGUUAUAGCAUUUUCUUGUGUUAGCCUAUUAGCUUUUUGUUUCGUCUGUGCUGGGAAUGAUUGCAAUUUGUUUUUAUCCAAGUGCUGAGAUGGUCUUCCAGGUAUAAACGUACAUAAUUCGACUAUUAAACGAGAGGUAGAUAUUUCAUGGAAGCAUAAUAAAUAUGAGAAGUUUGACUAUUUAUUUUGUAGCUCUCUGUAGAUUCCAUUAAAAUGGGGCGAACAGUGUGGUCUACAAAAACAUGGUUCUGCUACGCGUGUGUGUGUGUGUCCACUUUUUGCUUCUCAGCUCCUUCUAUUUGAUCAUGUCCAUCCAAAUUUAACAUUCACGGUAACAAAAAGCAGCUACUCUCAUUUUGUUGAGACAUCCAAAAACUUUUAAUACUUUUCUACAUGUAUCCUUUCUUUACGCGAUUAAAUUUUCUUUUUUGAUUUCUUAUAUACAUAGUGUACAAAUGUGUAAGAAAUUAGUUGUUCGUUUUGAAGAAAACAGAUAUUAAAGUGCAAAAUGUUGCAAACAUUGCUUUA